AUGAAGGCUUUGGAAAAACUAUGCUCACAUUUUUACAAGGUGGCAGCCAUUAUCUUCUCCAUAAUACUUCCUCAAUCCAUAAGAUUAACAAUCUUGAUUAUACGUGCUUCCUGGAGCUGGUGCAGACGUACAAGCUCCAAGUACAAGUACAUGGCGGCAAUCAACAAGAAAAGCUCCAAGUUUGUUUACACAAAGGAGUUGAGAAGAUUGAGGUCAGAGCCACUUAUUUGCUCCAUCUGCUUAUCAGAUUUUGUGGAAGGAGAAGAGGGCAGAGAGCUUCUACAAUGCAAGCAUAGAUUUCACAGAAACUGCAUAGAGAAAUGGCUUCAGGGCUGGCAAGCUACAUGCCCACUUUGCAGGCACUUGGUGAUACCUAAUGAGAUUGUUGCAGAAUAUCAGAUAUCACAGAUUGUGGAAGAAAAUAACAGCAGUGAGGAGGAAUUAGCUCUUGUUUUCUUGUCUCCCCUGCACCUGCAUGGCAGGCUUCAUCAUGGGUUUUUCUAG